AUGUUUUGCGAUCUCUUGUUUUCUUCGCACUCCUUCGGAUUCCAGCUAACCGUCAGUCAAAUCAGCUUCGGCCAGAACGAAAAUUAUCGGAAUCGGACAUCAAUAUUUGUGUGCGNGCGCGGUGGAGCUCCGUAUCUGGGUAGACCCAGUGAUCGGGUCGUUUUCGAUUCACUCGAUUUGGUUCGCACACACGAUGUGCUCAAUCCGCUCGAUGCACACACCUCUGUGUCUGUCAGUCGAGAACCGUCGGCCAGUGCACAGGCUCGUGAGGCGUAUCUCAAGGGGUUGAAAAUGAAACAACUGCUCUACGAAUCUGGAAAUUACGACGACGAAGAUGACUGA